AGAUUUUGAUUUCCCGUUAGCCCCCGUGUUUAGAAAGACGGUGGAAAAUGAGGUAGCCAUAUUGUAGUGGAGGACCAAAAAUAUAGCAAGUCAGAGAAGCACAAAACAGAGCUAGCCAAAGUUAAAUUAUUCAAAGAAACGUUCAGUUGGGAGGGAGAUCGUUGGCAAUUUAGCCAUCUAAGACCGGGAAGACACCAUGAGUGGAGGAACCCCUUAUAUCGGGAGCAAAAUCAGCCUAAUCUCGAAGGCCGAAAUUCGUUACGAAGGGAUCCUCUACACUAUUGACACUGAGAAUUCGACUGUCGCACUUGCAAAAGUUCGCUCUUUUGGCACAGAGGAUCGGCCCACCGAUAGGCCCAUCCCGCCCCGAGAUGAGAUCUUUGAGUACAUCAUCUUUCGCGGUAGUGACAUUAAGGACCUGACUGUAUGUGAGCCGCCCAAGCCAACAUGCUCUCUUCCUCAGGACCCGGCCAUCGUCCAGUCGUCCAUGGGCUCGGCCCCUCUGCCUGCUCCUGCUGCCGCAUCAGCAUCGUUUCAGUCGGUGGGCUCCUACGGCCUAUUCAACCGAGCCCCGGUGCCCCCGUACAACCAGUUCAGCACCAGCCCCUUGGUGUCCCCGCAGUUUGGCGCCGUUGGUGUCGGUAAGAGCCACAGCAGCACGAGGCCUGGAUAUGGAAGAUCAGUCCCUUCCUUUGGGAGUGACACAAGCUCAGCUGCACCCCAGUCUCAGAGCAGUGCUAUUGGCGCUGCUCUCCCCACUGAUUCACGCUCUCUGGGUACCACUACUACCCUUGUAUCUAAAGUCCGCACUAGCCCCUCUCUGGACCCUCUGAGGAAGAGCCCCACCCUAGAGCAGGUUGUCCAGGCCACCCCAUCGGGCCCCCCAGCCCCUGGCUUGGGCCGCAGGAGUCCCGCUCCCGGCCGCACGGCCCCCUCGGCUGCAGCUGCCGGCCCCGUCCACCAGAAGGCCCAGCAGCACCACCACCAUAUCCAGGACGGAGGUGAACCCAGGAGGACCGGCACAGAGGGCCAGAAAGCACCCAGACCAGAGUCUGAGCAGCAGGCGCCAGGUGAAGGCAGGGAUGCCAGUCAACGGCCAGCAGCUGGCUGCCCCCAACCUCAGAGGCGUGGUCGUGGUGGCGGACACCGCGGCAGGGGCCACUUCAACGUGCGCCGAGACGGGCCAAUGAAGUUCGAGAAGGACUUUGACUUUGAGAGUGCCAAUGCCCAGUUCAACAAGGAGGAGAUUGACAGAGAGUUCCACAGCAAGCUCAAACUGAAAGAUGAGAAGCCGGAGAAGGCAGCGGUGAACGGGGAGGAUAAGGGCGAUUCUGGGGUGGAGACCCUGAACAGCGAGGGCAACGCUGAUGAAGGGGGAGAGGCCCUAACACCUAACGUAUACUAUGACAAGUCAAAGUCUUUCUUCGACAACAUCUCCUGUGAUGACAGCAGGAAAGCUGCAGAAAGAUCUGGAGGAGGCUCUGGUUUCCCACGGGAGAGAAGGCAGACCUGGGCCGAGGAGAGGCGGAUGAACUCGGAGACGUUCGGCAUCCCUCUGCGUGGGGGUCGGGGCCGUGGGGGCUACCGUGGGCGGGGCGGCAUAGGCUUCCGCGGGGGCAGGGGACGCUCGGCCAGCAGAGGGUCCUUCGGCCCCCCCCAAGGAGGCCACGGCUACAGGGGAGGAUACAACAGAACAAGCCAGGGAGGACGGGAGUUCUCAGAGAACUUUGAGUACAGGAAGGAUAACAAGGUGGCCGCGUAAAACAACUGGAGGACGGAUCAACAGAGUUGCAACACCUCAUGUUUAAAAAUAGUUUAGGUUGCUACUUUUGACUAAAGGAAUGAAGAUGUUCUAGCUGUAUAUUUGUCACCAGCACUGGGUUAGACUGCUUGAAUGCAACUUAUUUUCCAUAUCUUUUAACAAUGGAAAUGAUGCAAUAUGUCAAACACAAAUGUCAUGAUCUCUUCAAAACUAUUUCCAGGUGGCUUAAUUGUGUAUAAGUAUCUUAUUUCAGAGGGAUAUCAGUAUUUUUUUUAUAUUUUUUUUUUGCAAUUAGAUUUUUUUUCCUUUUUUCUCCUAAACUUGUAUUUGAUCAUAUUCUGUUAAGUGUAGAAGGCUGUAUACAUGAGCCUUCCAACUGAGGAGCACUGACAGAGGUUUAUUUGUUUGGAUAUAUCCUGUUAUAACUUCAGCGGAAAAAUAGUCAGUGGGGUCCGUCAGUUACUUCCGUGUAUACUACACAUACCAUACCUAGUACACUAGGCAUCUAUUUAUCCCACUUCUCUAAAUGGCAGAGCUUGUGGUUUUUUGCUAAAUAUUCUCAACUUUUUGUCAAUAUUCUGUUUUUCAUUUACUUCCAGCUCUUACUUUAGAUGUUUUUAUUAGGGCUUUAUCAGUCUUCUGUUAAUGCUGGUUUAAACCAAGAAGGAAUCAUCUGUAUUGUCUGUUACUCUCAUUCUACACUGUAGUGUAUGGAGGAUAGAGAUGGUGCUAGAUGUUAACACUUAGCUUUAUUCUUCUGGUUUUGUGAUAUAGUUUAACUCUGGAUGCGUAACUAGGAGUAGGGAAGGAUAGGUCAGUAAUGGCGCAUAAGUCAGAACUAAUUUUCUUUAUUUUAAAAUGUUCUGUAUAUUGCCCUGUACUCAAGGGCUCCUGGUAUUGUGUGACUAGAGUUGUAUAAUGCUGCUGUUUGCUACAGUUCUUUUUCUAGUGUCAUCUACAAGAGCUAGCUAAAGCAGGCCAUCUAAGUAUGCUUCUUCCUGACAAAUGGCCCAGUUUAUCAUUGGUUACAUUUUUGUUUGUAACCUUUCUAUGGAACUUCCCAAAUGUUGAUUAUUCACUUUUACCUCUUUUUUUGCCAGGCAGUUGCUUCUGAAUUGGUUAAAACCUCAUCCUGAAUUCCCCAUUUCUUUCAAACAGGAAUGGCAGAAAUAAUUUCACCCACCAACAUUGCUUAGUACUUGAGAUGUCUGACAGAGAAACCAUGUUCUGACUAAGCUCUUGAUUCGAUGCCACUAACUCUGUCAUCGCACUGCAUGGUGGUUGAUAGCCUGCUGCAGCUACACAAGGGCAGAAGAAUUACUGAGUUGAGUACGUAGACUAUUAGAACAAGGUGCAUAGCCAUUUGGUUUUAGCGAAAUAGGCAUUAGUUACAUAGCAACAUUGAAGCUAUUUUUGGAGGAUUUGAAUGAUGGGGCACAAGUUGGGUAAAGGUUGGUUAAUGGGAAGUAAUGAACUUUGACUGAGUAUUAGAAAGGUACACACAGUUGCACUUUUACUAUUGAAGUCAUUUUAUAAACAGUUGUCUUUUUGUUAAUUUGUGUAUACUGAGGAUGUAUUCCAGUUCUGCUAACUGGAUGACAAUAUGUAUGUGUCACCCUAGUCCCUAUAUAGUGAACUACUUGGCUCUGGUCAAAAGUAGUGCACUUUAUAGGGAAUAGGGUGCUAUUGGGGACACUUACAAUAAUGUUACCAUGGUAACUGCACAGUGCUAUUUGGUGAACUAGGCACUCCUUCAUUUGAAAAUGUACUAGAUUUAUUCAGAAGUAUGUAAAUGUCAACAUUGCAAUAUUUGAACGUCUUGAUAAUUUCCAUUGAAGGAUAGUUAUUCCCUGGCAUUGAGGCACUGUAGUGGAAAGUGUUUUUGCUUCUGUCCCCAUUUAACUUUUGAAAGCUUCAGGUAAUUUAAAAAGUACCAAACAUCUACGUACGACCCUCGUCUAAUUUAGUUAGGUUGUGUUUUAAGUCCAGCAUAGAAUGGUCUUUUCUCUUCCUAUUAUUUUGGCAAUGUUACUCAUGCAUGUCACCUGUUGUAAUUUGUUCAGAUACUCUGUCCAAAAAACUAAUUUGGCACCUUAUUGACGCAUGCAGAAAAGUCAAUAACAUGUUAAAUUGGAUGGGGGAUGCUCAAAUUCUCACAAGUGUCUUAGAGGCGUCUUGUCUAGGACGUAGGGUGGUAAUGUAGAAUGGCUGGUGGGAUAGGAUGAAUCUCAACUGUAUUGCCUUGAUUUCUCUUUCCUUGCAUCUUUCUCAAAACACUUUGGGAGACGAUCCUAUGCUUCAAUAUGCUUUGUGAAGACGGGGAGGACAUAAGGAAUCAAGGAAAUAGUUGAGAUGCACCUAUAGGAUCAUGUGCCUAGUUCAGGGGAAUGUCCUUUGUCUCCAUUUCAUGUUGGGUUGUAACAAAACGAAUGCACAGAACACUGCAUGAGGGUCCUGCACAUCAGAAGCUGCAAAAUCAUGACCCAAAGCAACGAAGAUACAAUAACUUACUGAAAUGUCUGUGCUGUGGGUAGUUUGUUUGCACUUCAAGAUCUUUAAUAUACAGACUUAAAGGUUAUUGUUUAUUUGGGUUACUUUUCCUAACAGUCUCUGGUGUCACAGCCACGUGUUUUGUCUCUAAACCCAGCAUGAUGAUCUCUCCUGUGGGCCUCAGUGGACUGUUUUUUUUUAUUUUAUUCAGAGCAUACAAUAAAAGUUGUUCAUUACAUUGUAUUUUUCCUCCUUAUGGUUUGAGUGUGAGUACCUGCUGAGUAUGCCAUUGCUUGUCUUAAUCAUUUUCCCCCUUCGCAGCUUCCUCAAAUAGAAAUGGUCAAUUCCA